CAAAUUUUGAUUUUGUCUUGUGGAUUCUUCAAUUCAAAGAUUAUAAAUUUAUUGAUGAACAUCGUCAAUUCAAAGAUUCUCUUUUUAUCAUUCACGCUACUUCUUCUUCUUCAAUCGUCAAUCGUUGAAUCCGAUUCGAUUUGCCUCUCUUCCGGCGUAGCUUCGACGGUGGCAAUGGCGGCUCCGGGAUCGGUUCAGAAAGGAGAUGAAGAGUGGCGUGCGAUUCUUUCACCUGAACAGUUUCGGAUUCUUCGUCAAAAGGGCACUGAAUAUCCAGGAACAGGGGAAUAUGUCAACUUCGACAAGGAAGGAGUUUACGGUUGUGUAGGAUGCAAUGCUCCUCUUUAUAAAUCCACCACAAAGUUCAACGCUGGUUGUGGCUGGCCAGCUUUCUUUGAAGGAAUCCCCGGUGCCAUUACCCGAACGACAGACCCAGAUGGGAGAAGAAUAGAGAUCAACUGUGCAACAUGUGGUGGACAUCUUGGUCAUGUUUUCAAAGGAGAAGGUUUCGCUACUCCAACCGAUGAACGCCAUUGCGUGAACAGCGUUUCGCUUAAGUUCACACCCGCAGCGUCUUCCUUGUAAAUCUUGGCCGAACAAGAUUAUUUGUUCUUUCUCUGGAUUUUUUCACUCAAGUGAGUGGGAGAAAAACAGAACAAGAAUCUUGUAUGAGUGUGUGUGUCUAUACUGUGUACUGUAUUUUUUCUUUCAUGACUAUUUAAAUUCAUCACCUCGAGCAUUUUGACAACAACUGUAGUCUGUAGUAUGUAUGAUUUGUAACUUGAAUAAAACACACUCUUGUCUUGUAAUACAAAAUCUAUACUAUGUUACGCAUCUGUGAGACUCUAUUGAC